CUCUGCUGCCAAUGCCAUUUAUAGAUGACCGUUAAGCUUUCUGUUGCCACCUCUCUUCAUCCUCAUCAAAACAAUAGGUGUUGGAGAAGAGAUUGAAGCCCCAAAACCCUUUUUAUGAUCUCAGAAUCAAAUAAUAAUUACAAGAAACAAAUAGGGAUUGAUUGUUCCAUUUCUUCUCUUAAUUUUCUUUGAACUAUUCUAUUGGGUUCCGCCGUUGGAACGAAAAAAUCCGUUUGCAACGAAGAUCGUUACAUAGAAAUUCGGCAAGGAUGAAUGAUCUAUUCUCGGGCUCGUUCAAAAGGUACACGGACCUGAAGCAACAGACGCACUUGGACGACGUGGAGACCGGCCAGGCCGGGAACGAGGGUAAUCUCGACCGGUUCUUUCAGGACGUCGAGAAUGUCAAGGAAGACAUGAGGAGCGUCGAGCAACUCUACCAGAGGUUGCAUGAAUCCAACGAGGAGAGCAAAACCGUGCACAAUGCCAAAACCAUGAAAGAGGUCCGAGCCCGAAUGGACUCGGACGUUGCCCACGUCUUGAAACAGGUCAAGCUCAUCAAGAGGAAACUCGAAGCCCUAGAGCAGUCGAACGCAACCCACCGGAAGCUUCCAGGUUGCGGGCCCGGGUCGUCCGCGGACCGAACCAGGAUUUCAGUGGUUGGCGGGUUGGGAAAGAAACUCAAGGAUAUGAUGGACGAUUUCCAGGAAUUGAGGGGGAAAAUGGCGGCUGAAUACAAGGAAACGGUAGAGCGUAGGUACUUUACAAUUACGGGAGAGAAGGCAAAUGAAGAAACCAUUGAGAACUUGAUUUCAAGCGGUGAAAGCGAGAAUUUCAUGCAAAAGGCAAUUCAGGAACAGGGGAGGGGUCGGAUUCUGGACACUAUAUCAGAGAUUCAGGAGAGACAUGACGCGGUGAAGGAGAUUGAAAAGAACUUGCUCGAGCUGCACCAGGUGUUCUUGGACAUGGCAGCCUUGGUGGAGGCACAAGGUCACCAGCUCAACGACAUCGAGAGCCACGUGGCCCACGCAAGCUCGUUCGUGAGGCGUGGGACCGAGCAACUGCAGGAGGCCCGGGUACAUCAAAAGAGCUCUAGGAAGUGGACGUGCUACGCCAUCCUGCUAGGGAUUGUUCUUGUUGUCGUCAUCCUUUUCCCGCUCUUGGCUCCGUUGCUGCUUCCAAAGUAGAAAGAGAGAGAGAUUGGACUACUUUGCCCUGGGAGUUGGAGAACAGGUUUUCUAAUGUCCAGAUACGAUAUACGAGCAUAUGUGUUUGUGUGUGUAUAUUAGAGAGAAUAGAUGGAUGGCAUAGCAGGAAGAAUGAUAAUAGGUUUCGGGCAUUAUUGAAAAAGAGUGUGUUUCUGCAAUG